AUGAUUAUGCUCGGGGUGCUGAUGAAUAUAUUUAUUUUGGCUCUUGUUUACGCUGGAAAUGAUAAUUUAAGAAGUCAUUUGCCGCGUUCAAUUCAAAAUAUAAUAGGCUCUCAAAGCAACAAUAAGCAACAAAAAUACCAGCUCAACCUGGACUGGAUGAACGAAACCCCAAAUCUGAAGCGUUUCUUGAGCAAAGUAUCGACCGAAGAACUCUCAAAGCCAGACAGAGCGGAAGUCAUACGAGUCUCGCUCUUCGAAGCACUGAUAAACCUAGCAAAGGCGGAACAUGAAAAGGGAAAUGAGUUCCCUAAUUUGCUCAAAAUGAGUUCUGUCAGAAGAGCAAUUUCGAUCCUGAAGAAAUUAAAUGCAGAUUUGAACUUGCUGCAGAUGAAGAUGGAGGCGGCGUAUGGCCUCUGUAAAGGCUGUCUUCAAGAAAAAUACGGCAAGAAGAAGAAGCGAUUACCCCAGGUUAUCUGUAUAGGAGCAAAGAAAUGCGGAACAGGGGCAUUCCAAAACUUCCUUGCGCACCAUCCGCAUCUGUUCAAGCCACCAGGAUACGACGAGGUCCACUUCUUCGACAAGGAAGAGGAUUAUGCGAAAGGAAUCGAAUACUACCACUCGUUGAUGCCAGAAACGUCCGCUGGAGAAAUUACUUAUGAAAAGACGCCGAAAUACAUGGUUAUUCCAGAAGUGCCUGGGAGAAUCUACGCGAUGAACAGUACUGUUAAACUGAUCGCAAUCGUCUGUAAUCCAGUCAACAGAGCCUUUUCCGACUUCACUCAUGUAGUAAAAUCCGGCUAUUUUAAAUCGGAAACGUCAAAAUACAUGAAUCUGGAGGAAACAGAUGAAGAGAGCCGGCUGAAAGGAUUUGAAGGAUUUUCCGAAGCUUACAUCACAAAAUCGAAUGAAAUCAAGGAGGAGAAGGGUGAUGCACAGUGGCGGAAAUGGAUCCAGAAUGUUCAUAAAGAACAAGUUGAAGCAUCGAUCUUGACGAACGGGCUGUACUCAGUUCACCUCCAAAACUGGCUGGACGCUGGAUUCAAGCGAGAGCAAAUGCUCAUUUUGAAUGGGGAGGAGCUGAUCUCGAAUCCGGCCAAGAUCAUCCUCCGGGCUCAAGAGUUCAUGGGACUAGAACCUAUCAUCAAGGAGAGCCACUUCGUAUUUGACAAAGAUAAAGGCUUCUACUGCUUCAAAAAUCUCAAAACUGGCGAGCCUUCAUGUCUGGGUGAUGGAAAGGGUCGAACGCGCGCAGGUGGCGGGCCGAACUUUUCCCCGAAACUGAAAGAGGACCUCGUUUCGUACUUCAAACCGUACAACUCGGAACUCUACAAAAUCAUCGGCGAAGACUUCCACUGGAACGAAGCUUAG